AAACAGCGCGGGCAGAAGAAUAGAUGACGUUAUCUUCACAAAUCUGGACGGAUAAGGUCGGAGGUAAAGGCUACGGUACCACCGGGACCCCCACCUCUCUCUCCGGCUGCUCCUUUAAAGCCGAGCGGAGUGCUGAUCAGAGCUGACGGGGAACAGUUUGGAGCUGGAGCGGAUAGGAGAAGUUGCACCGCCCCGGUUCAGGCAGCAGGGCUGGAGCAGAUAAAAGCUCAGAUAGUGAUUGAAAGUGAUGGUAAAAGGAUUUAGCCCAGGCAUUAACCGAGGGAGAGAGAGGGAGAGAGAGAGAGAGGAGGGAGGGAGAUAUUUUCCAUAAAGCCUUUUUUUUCCUCCUCUCUUUCUUUCUGCCCUUGAGCAUCCCGGGUAAACCCGAGCUUUGUAAAAGUGGGAAAAGGAAGUGGAGAGGAGGGGAAGAAGGGCGGGCACAAGCCUUUUUUUCACAAACUCAAUAUUUUAUACUUUUGAUACUCCUUGACGCUGGAUUUCAGUCCUGUUUUCGCAGCCGUUUCCAGAUCUAGGACACCGAUCUACCGUGCGCAGCCAUCUACGCUGUGAUCAAAAAGUAUCCGUCGGACGGCAAAAAAAGGGGAAAAAAAGAAAUAAAACAGAAAAAGAAACCAAACAAACAGCGAGCCGGCUGAUAACGGGAGUACAGUGAGGACCGCGGCGGGGGACGAGUACACUGGAUGGUAAAGGGGAUUUUUUUUUUUUUUUUUUUUGGCCAAACAGGGGGGGUGGACGUGCACGCACUCCGAGCAAAGUGCUGACCUGCCCGACAGAUGCAUGUCAGAAGACAAUCGGAAGAGCUCAACAAAUCUGAAAUGUCCAAUGGAUACAUCUGGAGACGCAUCAACUUCUCCUCCAUCCUCUCCAACUAGCUCCGCCGUUUCCCUGAAGGACACCGCUCUGUGAGACAUGGAUCCGUGCAAACAUCUCCCACCCAACUCCCUGCAACACUAUGGUUAGAGUGCAUGCCGAGACUCCUCUCCGUAACAUUAUCCACCCCCACGCCCACUGCCCAUCUUCCUCAGGAAAUCAGCCAUCAAAACAGUGAAGUGUCCUGCUUUCCUUUCCUCUUUGGGGCUGCCAAUAACUGACGAGAAACGCUGAGAGAAAGCUGCCGAUUCAGUGUUUCGUUUUGGGGAAUUAAUAAACCUGGAGGCAGGUGAUGUCAAUUUACCCUGACCUCUCCAUUCCAAACACAGCAGUAUGGUGGUAGGGAUGUGCACUCGUUCCCUAUGAUUAUCGCUCCAUGCUCGUAACCUGUCCUCUGAGCUCCGUGGCCCCCUCACCCUGUGCCGGACCCCUCUCCAAAUACCCCCCCAGCCUGCCAUGCUCCUUCAGGCUGUGUUGCUGCUGCUGCUGCGCUGCUUGGCCUCCACUCUGGGCCAGUACGAACUGUGCAAAUCCCUGGUGAGCACGGACGAGGGCUCGGUGUGGGAGCAUUACGCCUGCCAGCCAAAACCUAGGUCCAUGAAAGACUUUAUGCGGAUCAAGGUGGAUCCGCCUGGGAUCACAUGUGGAAGGCCACCGGAGAGGUUCUGCACUCUGGAGAACCCAUACCUAUGUAGUGACGAGUGCGAUGCCUUAAAUCCAGACCUUGCCCACCCUCCUCAGCUGAUGCAGGACAAUGAGCGCAACGGCCUACUUACCUACUGGCAGACAGUAACAUGGCGAAACCACCCACUGCCCCUGCUGGCCAACGUCACCAUGUCCUGGAACAAGAGUCUGGAGCUCACAGACGAUAUCCAGAUCUCCUUUGAAUAUGGCCGCCCUACGAUCAUGGCUCUGGAUAAGUCCAUGGACCACGGACGCUCCUGGCAGCCCUACCAGUUCUAUGCCGACGACUGUCUGGAUGCAUUCAACAUGCCACCCAAACAAGUGCGCGAUCUCUCACCUGCUAACAUCACACGGGUCAUCUGCACUGAGCAGUACUCGCGCUGGGUUGGCUCCAAGGCUGAAAAGAAUGUGAAGUUUGAGGUGCGGGCACGAUUUGCUGUGUUUGCUGGACCUCGGCUACAGAACAUGGACAACCUGUACGCCCGAAUGGAAAGUAUGAAGGGACUGAAGGACUUCUUCACCUUCACCAACCUUAGGUUGAGGCUGCUCAGGCCUGCCCUCGGAGGUACCUAUGUCCAGAGAGACAACCUACUCAAGUACUUCUACGCCAUCUCCAACAUCGAGGUACCUGCCAGGUGUAAGUGUAACCUCCACGCCUCCCAGUGCCUGCCAGAUGAGGAUGGCGGGAACCUCCAGUGCCAGUGUGAACACAACACCACAGGCCAGGACUGCCAGCGCUGCAAGAAGGGCUUCAAAGCCAAGUCCUGGAAAGCAGGUUCCUACCUGCCGGCACCCAACGGAACCCCCAACACGUGUACAAUUGCUGGUUCCCCCUCUGGUUCUACCACAACAGGAACUUCAUCUAGGACGUUUACCGCUCCCAAAGCUGAUGACGGGACAGAGGUGAAAGCUGGAGUUGAAACUAAGGGUGAAACUGAAGGUGAGGGCGGGCCCGAGGGCGACGUGGAAACAACCACAACCAUCUCUGAAGCUGAACGGUCUCCCGCUGUUACCCACAAACCACUUCAGGAAGAAACCCACAAGUCAGAGGAACAGCUGCAUGAGACUCAUGGCCACAAAGCUACAUCUUUGUUUGAGCAUGGGGAGAAAACGGAGGAGCAUUCAGGAGGAGAAACGGAAAGAAAAGUCUCCCAUGAGUCUGAAAAACAUUCACAUGAGAUUCGUGGCCACAAAACUACUUCCUUGUCUGAACACGGAGCAGGAAGGGAGGAGGAAGAUGAGGAAGAAGAAAGAAAAUCCAAAGAGACAGUCUCUCACAAGUCUGAGGAGCUCGUACAGGAAACUCACGGACACGCAUCCACAACCCAAUCUCAGCACGGGGAAGAGAAGCAUGCAGAAAGCAAAGUUUCCCACGCAUUUGAGGAACACGACGCUCACGGCCACAAAACAACAGCCUCAUCUGAGCACGGUGAAAAUUCACAUGAGGUGGUGCAUCGAGAACGAGGAGAAGAACGGAAAGUUUCCCACAUGUUUGACGGGCACACACGUGAGACUCACGGCCACAAAACAACAACCUCACCUGAGCAUGGCGACGGGCAUGAAGACAGAAAAGCUGAAGGGAAAGCUCCCCACAAUUUUGUGGAACACGUACACGAGAUUCACAGCCGCAAACCAACAACCUCAUCUGAGCAUGGGGUGGAAAGAAAGGAGGAGGAGAGUGAAAGUAAAGGAGAACACACACACGAGACUCAUGGCCACAGAACAACCUCGCAUGUGCAUGGAUGGAGACACGAGGAGAAUAAUGAAAUACAUCCUGAAACAACAGACCCCCACACAUUGGAGGGGCAUGUACAUGGGGCCCACGGUCACACAACAACAACCUCACCUGAGCACAGACAGCAGGAGCAUAUGGAAAGAAAACCUGAAGGCCAACACAAGUCUGAGGAACACAUACAUGAGGCCCAGAGCCACAAUAUACCACCUGAGCACAGAACAGCUGAAAUUACAGCCUCCCACAACCCUGAUGGAUAUGUGCAUGGUGGACAUGCAGAAGAAGCUCAUGGCCAUAGUGCAUCUGAACAUGGGCAUCACAAGCCUGAGGGACAUGUGCAUGGUGGACCUGCAGAAGAAGCACAUGGCCAAAGAUCUGCAUCUGAACAUGGACAUCACAAGCCUGAGGGACAUGUGCAUGGAGGACAUGUAGAAGAAGCUCAUGGCCAUAGUGCAUCUGAAAAUGGACAUCACAAGCCUGAGGGGCAUGUGCAUGGAGGACAUGUAGAAGAAGCUCAUGGCCAUAGUGCAUCUGAACAUGGGCAUCACAAGCCUGAGGGACAUGUGCAUGGUGGACAUGUAGAAGAAGCUCAUGGCCAUAGUGCAUCUGAACAUGGGCAUCACAAGCCUGAGGGACAUGUGCAUGGUGGACAUGUAGAAGAAGCUCAUGGCCAUAGAGCAUCUGAACAUGGGCAUCACAAGCCUGAGGGACAUGUGCAUGGGGGACAUGUAGAAGAAGCUCACGGCCAUAGAGCAUCUGAAAAUGGACAACACAAGCCUGAGGGGCAUGUGCAUGGAGGACAUGUAGAAGAAGCUCAUGGCCAUAGUGCAUCUGAACAUGGACAACACAAGCCUGAGGGGCAUGUGCAUGGAGGACAUGUAGAAGAAGCUCAUGGCCAUAGUGCAUCUGAACAUGGAGACCACAAGCCUGAGAGACAUGUGCAUGUUGGACAUGUAGAAGAAGCUCAUGACCACAAACCUACAACUGAACAUGGACAUCACAAGCCUGAGGGGCAUGUGCAUGGAGGACAUGUAGAAGAAGCUCAUGGCCAUAGUGCAUCUGAACAUGGACAUCACAAGCCUGAGGGGCAUGUGCAUGGUGGACAGGUAGAAAAAGCUCAUGGCCAUAGUGCAUCUGAACAUGGAGACCACAAGCCUGAGAGACAUGUGCAUGUUGGACAUGUAGAAGAAGCUCAUGACCACAAACCUACAACUGAACAUGGACAUCACAAGCCUAAGGGCCAUGUGCGUGGGGGACAUUUAGUAGAAGCUAUUGGCCACAAACCAACAACUGAACAUGGACAUCAUAACCAUGAUGGACAUGAGCAUGGGGGACAUGUAGAAGAAGCUCAUGGCCAUAGAGCAUCUGAACAUGGACACAACAAGCCUGAGGGACAUGUGCAUGAAACUCAUGGCCACAGAAUAACAACCUCAUCUGAACAUAGACAUGGAAGGGAGGAAAGGGGACAUACAGAAAGAAAAGACUCACACAACUCUGGGGGACACAUGUAUGGCCACAAAGCUUCAUCUGAGCAUGGAGAGGUGGAACAUACAGACAGACAAGACCACCACGAGUCUCAUGGACAUGUGCAUGAGGCCCAUGGCCACAUAACAACACAUGGACAUGGAAGGGAGGAAGAGAGGCAUACAGAAAGAAGAGUCUCGCACAGCUCUGAGGGACACACACAUGGCCACAGAACCUCAUCUGAGCAUGGCGAGGAGCAUACACCCAGGCAAGACCACCACAAGUCUGCCGGACAUGUUCAUGAGAGUCAUGGGCACAUGACAUUAACAACCUCGGGCAUGGGGGAAGAAAGUCAUAGAGAAGGAAAAGCACACCAUGGCAUUGAAAAAGCAGAAUGGGAAGUAGUCGGUCGUGAGGAGGAUGAAGACAGAGAAGAGGAGAAGCAAAAAGGGAAAAGGCGAGGGCUGCUGAAACUUUUGAUCUCAGGAGAGCCCCAGGCCAAACAGUUGUUUGGGAUCAUAUACGAUGAUUUCAAAGACUGCGAGUGCUACGGCCACUCCAAUCGCUGCAGCUACAUCGACUACCUGAACAUCGUCACAUGCGUCAGCUGCAAGCACAACACCAGGGGCCAGAACUGCCAACACUGCAGACUGGGAUUCUACCGCAACGCCUCUGCCGAACUGGAUGAUGAGAGCGUCUGCAUCGAGUGUAACUGCAACCAGAUGGGCUCUGUUCAUGACCGGUGUAACGGCACAGGUUUCUGUCAGUGUAAAGACGGGGCCACGGGGGCCAAAUGUGACGACUGUCUGCCAGGAUACUACUGGAAGCAAGGCUGUUACCCUAACGUUUGUGACGAGGAAAUGCUCCUGUGCCAGAACGGAGGAACGUGCUACCAGAACCUGAAGUGCAUCUGUCCUCCAGAGUUCAAGGGGGUACUGUGCCAACAUUCGCGCUGUGAGGCGGGCAAGGACUGCAGCGGCGCUUCUUUGCCGCACCCUUCCACGGCCACCCUGCUGCUCGGCACUCUGCUAACCUACCUGCUGGCCACAUUAACGCCCCAUUGAGCCACGAAAAUCCUCCUCACCCCCCAACUCCGCCCACCCCCCUGCCUCACACCUAAAACAUGUGUAUAUGAGCGUAUUUGUGAGGCGACGGGUGACCCAAAAUGGGAAGGGGUCGUCCCUGUAAUGGACCCAACACUGCAGCACUCUUAAAAGCGCACACGCUCACCGAUCACUACUCGACUCCCAUUCCCGUUUCAAACACACAUGCGCACUUCACAGGACUGUAAUUGCACUGGGUGUACACUCAGGUGUGCGAAGGACAAACAGAGAAUAAAUAUGAGCAACCUCACAGAAAAAAGAUGCAGGGGGGGGGAAGAAAAAUCAUACCAACCACUGUUCCCUUUAUUCCUAAGCUGGAGCAAUGUGCAUCAAACCAAAAAGCAUAGACAAAAACUUAAUCACCACUGUUUCACAUCAAAGGGAAUGGCUGUUGUUAUCACAAGACUUUUCUUUUCUUUUUUAAAAUUUCUUCUCUUUCUCGGUUGACUUGCGGAUCUCACUUGCAACUGACGUCGAGGGCGUGCGGUCGGGCUCAGAGUGAGGACAAGGCAUGUUGACAAGGGUCGAGCGGAGAGGCGCUUGUUUGAUCCUAUUGCUGAGGCCUACGUAGUAUAUUAACCAGGUUUCAUUUUUUUCUCUUAAUCUGAGACUUGAUUUUACAUUUAUUCUAUUCCUGCUGCAUUUUUUUUUCUAAAAAAAAAAAUAUAUAUCUUCAGUCAUUGUAUCUAAUGUGCCCACUAGCAGUUGCUGAGAUUAUACAUAUUAUAUAAUAUCCAGGGGGUUAUGAAUUAUAAUACAUUAGUCACUAUUAUGGUUGUUAUAGGAAUGAGUGAUUGUUGCCACACUUAGCGAGAUUUAAUCUUCACACAGUAUUCAGGAAGAAGAAUUUAACUAAUCAGAAGUCUAAAAGAGAGAGAAAAGAUAUGAACCACGUAUCGAUAUUAUAUGACAUUAUUUGAAUAUUUUUUGUAGAAAUUAUUUUUGUUUGGAGUUACAAUAAAUUAUAAAAAAAAAAAGAAAUACAUUUACAUCUAUUCCAAAAAGAGCAUUUUAUUACACUGAGUCUAAACCUUGCAGUAAAUAUGACUGUUAAUUUGC